ACCAUGACGGGGGAGGAAGGCCGAGCCCAGGCCUCGAAGGACAGCCGGUGGACGGGUUUCUUGGUUCCUGUCAUUAUAUUGGUCCUGAGCAGUUUUGCGACUAUUAUUUUGGCGAAGACUGAUAUACUGAAAGACAUCGUACUAGAGAAACUGGCGAUAAGCAACGGUUCUGUUUUCUAUGACAUGUGGAUUCGAUCUCCAGUGGAACCUCUCUUGAAGGUUCACAUAUUUAACUACACAAACCUGGAAGCUGUUGAAAACGGCCGUGAUAAGAAGUUCAAAGUGGAAGAAAUCGGCCCUUAUACCUACAGGGAAAUCACGGAGAAAGUGAACGUGGUGUUCAACAACGAUGGGACGGUGACGUACCAGGAGAACAGGAGCUACGUGUUCGUCCCGGAGAUGUCUGCCGGCUCUGAGGACGAUGUGGUUGUUUCGCCGAAGAUCACAAUGAUUUCUGCUGCCGCGCUGCUGCCCUCUAUGAACCUGCUGAUGUACUUCGCCACGUCCCUCGUGCUGCACACGUCACCCACCUUCCUGAGGCAGAGCGCGCACGACUUCCUGUGGGUCGGGGACAACGAGCUGCUCACCAUGGGCGCCAAGAUCAUGGAGGGCAAGCCCUUCGGCGACUUCGGCAUCUUCAGCUCGAGGACUGGGUUAUCAAAACACCGCAUCACUGUCAACACCGGGUCGCUAGAUGUGACCAAGUUGGGCGUAGUUAGCCGCCUAGACAAUCGCGUCAGCCUGGGAGCAUGGGGCAAUGCCGAGUGCGACCGCAUCGAUGGCAGCACUGGCACCCUCUUCCCUGCGGCUGCCGUGUCUCCAUCCAGCACGCUCUAUGUGUUCAACCCCGACCUGUGUCGGCGCUUCCCUCUCACCUUUCAGCGUCACGUGCAGGUUCCCACCAUACAUACAUCCAGCAUGCUCUUUCUGUUAGACCCCGACCUGUGUCGGCGCUUCCCUCUCACCUUUCAGCGUCACGUGCAGACGAGGAGCGGAGUGCAGGCGCUUCGCUUCGAGGUUCCGCGGGACGUGUUCGAGACGCCGGGCAGGAACCCCAGCAACGAGUGCUUCUGCCGCGACGAGCCGGCCGCCUGCCGCGCGGGGGUCUUCGACAUCUCCCCCUGCACCCUGGGGGCGCCCAUAGUGCUGUCGUUCCCGCACUUCUCGCUGGGCGACCCGGCGCUGCGCGAGGUGGUGGACGGCUUGCAGCCCGACUCGAGCAAGCACCACACCUUCGUGGACGUGCACGAGUCACUUGGCAUCCCAUUGGCGGCGAAGUUCCGGUUCCAGAUCAACGUCGCCAUCCAGAAGGACACGGACAUGGUGCUGAAAGAGUUCCAAGAGGGCGCAAUCGUCCCCAUCAUCUGGUUCGAACUGGGGGUGGCGCAGCUGCCCGACCAGCUGGAGAGGCUGAUGUACCACGUGACCUUCAGCCUGUUGCGCGUGCAGCUGCUGCUGUGCGCGGCGGGCGCGGUGGCGGCCGCCGCUAGCGCCGUGUGCGCGGUGCGACGAGCGCGCGAACUAGCGGCCGCCAGGCGGCGCAGCGGCGCGGCUCUGCUGGGCAGCUUCUCGCUCCGGAGACCGGCGUGA